UGUGUGUUAUUUAUUAUUUUGAACCAAUCAAGCCAGGGGCCGUGCUCCACAGUUAGCACAACGCAGUUUAACGAUGUUCUUCGUUAUGACACCGAGCCGCAGGCUGCUGUCUCUCCGGCGGAGCCUCGUUCAUUGUCGCGGCGUUAGCGUAGAAAACACCGGCAGGAAGGCUGCUGUGGACAGGGUUCUCUCUGCAUUCAGGUCUAUCUGUGGUGAGGAUGGCGUCUCUCUGGGUGAAGCCAUCAGAGAGCAACAUGGCAAAGAUGAAUCGGUACACAGAUGUCGGCCCCCAGACGUGGUGGUGUUCCCACACUGUGUGGAGGAGGUCAGCGCCCUAGCCAAAGUCUGCCAUGACAACAACCUUCCCAUCAUCCCUUUUGGCACCGGGACCGGUUUGGAAGGAGGGGUCGGUGCUGUGAAGGGUGGCGUCUGCUUCAGUUUGAGGAACAUGGAACAGAUCCUGGACCUUCACCCAGAGGACUUUGAUGUGACCGUUGAGCCUGGUGUGACCCGGAAAGCCCUUAAUUCCCACCUGCGAGACACAGGCCUCUGGUUCCCUGUAGAUCCUGGAGCCGACGCGUCCCUGUGUGGUAUGGCCGCCACCAGUGCGUCAGGGACCAACGCCGUGCGUUACGGGACCAUGAGAGAAAACGUCAUGAACCUCGAGGUGGUUUUGUCCGAUGGAACCGUCAUACAUACAGCCGGGAAAGGCAGGCGCCCCAGGAAAACGUCUGCAGGGUACAACUUAACAAACCUGUUUGUGGGCUCAGAGGGCACGUUGGGGAUUAUUACCAAGACGACGUUACGGCUGUACGGCAUCCCAGAGGCCAUGGUGUCGGCCGUCUGCUCUUUUCCCUCAGUCCAGGCUGCCGUAGACAGCACUGUGCAGAUCCUACAGGCUGGAAUCCCCAUCGCUCGUAUCGAGUUUCUGGAUGAUGUGAUGAUUGAUGCGUGCAACAAGUUCAGCUCCCUGUCCUACCCCGUUGCCCCGACUCUGUUCCUGGAGUUCCACGGCUCAGAACGCAGCCUGGAAGAACAAGUCACCAUGGCUGAGGAGAUCACGCAGAGUAACGGAGGGUCAGACUUCCAGUGGGCCCGAGAUACUGAAACUAGGAACCGGCUGUGGAAAGCGCGCCAUGACGCCUGGUACGCCGCGCAGGCACUCAGGCCGGGCAGCAAGGCUUACUCCACAGAUGUGUGUGUCCCUCUGUCACGACUUCCUCAGAUUAUCGUGGAGACGAAGAAGGACCUGCUGGAGAGCCGGCUGACUGGUCCUAUUGCAGGUCAUGUCGGUGACGGCAACUUCCACUGUCUGAUGGUUGUGGAUCCAGACGAUUUGGACGAGCAGCACCGGGUCCACCUGUUCGCAGAGAGGCUGGCCAGGCGGGCGCUGGCCCUGGACGGUACUUGUACAGGAGAGCAUGGAGUCGGGUUAGGAAAGAGAGCGCUGCUUUGCGAAGAGGUGGGACCUCUGGCCAUCCAGGUCAUGCAGGGGCUCAAGGACAGCCUCGAUCCAAAGAACCUGAUGAAUCCUGGGAAAAUCCUCCUAAACGGAGGGUUCUAAACUGAACUCUUUUUACAGGGAUUAGAGCUCGACACGAGAUUGGAGUGAAAAUCUAGUAGGUUGUGAGCGUAGCUGUGCAUCAGAAAUGCAAUUAAAGGAAUAAAACGCUAUGAUUUAGUGCCGCCAUACUUUCUGUUUGAUGCCAUGGCGUCUGGAAGGACAAAAAGUAUUGAAGCUAUUUUUUUUUAACUUUGAAUGCUUUAAAUUAUGGAAAUGUGAUGCAAAAUUGUGUUUGAAUUGAUUGUAUUAAUGUUGCUGAGGACAUCCAGGAAAAGCCUUACCAACGUUUGUAGUAUGUUAGUACCUUUGUGAAUUGUUCAGUUCACUUCUGAAACGGUUUUUAAAAAUGUCACACCGGCUUCAUAUUUUGGUCCUGCUCACUGAUGCUUGAAGUUUUCACAAAGUUUUGUUUCAUUUGCCAAAUAGAUUAAUUAAACACAGUGAUGUUCUUCAA